GUGCACAUUCGAAUGCAAGACUGGAGAUACUGAAACCCACUUGUCUCAUCAGGGGCUAGAGUCAUUCGGGGCCAGUCCCCACCCAUUCUGACUGCCUUGUUACUCAAUAGCACUGAACUAAGAGGUGAAGAAUUUCAGAGAAUCCGAACCAGCCAUGGAGGAUAACCAAGAGGGUAGAGUUCUCAGACCUCACACCAGAGGAAAAAGAAGAGAUCAAGAGAGUCCGUUUGCAUAAGGAAGAGCUGCAGAACGACAUUCAGAGACUGAAGAUGGAAAUUGCAAAAAUCAUCACUGAGCUUGAGAACUUUAAUUACACAGAGGAAGGCACACUUGCGGAGAGGAACAAGCUGAUGGCCAUGGGAAAGAAGAAAUUCAACAUGGACCCCAAGAAGGGUAUAGAGUAUUUGGUAGAGAACAAAUUGUUAUCUCCGAAGGAAGAAGAUGUUGCCAAGUUCCUAUACAAGGGGGAAGGCCUGCAUAAAACAGCCAUAGGAGACUAUCUUGGAGAGAGAGAGGCAACAUACAUCAAGACCCUACAAUGUUUUGUUGAGCUUCAUGAGUUUGCAGAUCUCAACCUUGUGCAGGCACUGAGGCAGUUUCUAUGGAGCUUCCGGUUGCCGGGUGAAGCACAGAAGAUCGACAGAAUGAUGGAGGCGUUUGCAACACAGUACUGCCAUUGCAACCCAGACGUUUUUCAAUCAACAGAUACCUGCUACGUGUUGUCCUUUGCCAUAAUCAUGUUGAACACAAGUCUCCAUAAUCCCAAUGUUAAGGACAAGCCAACACUGGAGAGGUUUAUAACAAUGAACCGUGGGAUUAACAACGGAGGGGAUCUUCCUCAGGAUCUUCUCCGGAAUUUGUAUGAGAGCAUCCGGAACGAGCCAUUUAAAAUCCCAGAGGAUGAUGGGAAUGAUUUAACACAUACAUUUUUCAACCCAGAUAGGGAAGGAUGGCUUUCGAAACUGGGAGGCCGCGUGAAGACAUGGAAACGUCGUUGGUUUAUUCUGACAGACAACUGCCUGUAUUACUUCGAAUACACGACAGAUAAAGAACCCCGCGGUAUUAUUCCUUUGGAAAAUUUAUGUGUCAAAGUGUCUGAAGACUCCAGAAAAUUGAAUUGCUUUGACUUGUAUAGUCCCAACAGCAAAGGUCAUACCAUUAAAGCCUGCAAAACACACAAUGAUGGACGGGUUGUUGAAGGGAACCACCAGUUUUACAGGAUAUCUGCCCCGUCGAGGGAAGAGAGAGAUGAAUGGAUUAAAUCAAUCAGAGCCAGCAUCACGCGGGAUCCUUUCUACGACAUGGUAGCUUCUCGAAAGAAAAAGUUAACUGUCAACAAGUCAAAUUGAAAGGAUGCACUUUGUUUCUUACCUCUCAAGUGGUUGGAUAAAUAAGCGAGUCACCUGUAUUGUGUGAACUUGUGCUUUUGGUGACUACACCUGUUUGGACCAUUCCAAAAUAAUCCCUGAGCGUUCCUCCAUCAGGAUGUGCAUAAAUCUCUGAAUUAUUUUAUUGUGAAUUACACUUUGGACAGACUUGUAUUGUCCUUUGCUCCAGUUACAGUCAUAAUCAUAAAUGAUCAGAAGCUCAUUGGUGCUAUCAUAGCCUGAAAAUUGCCACUGAACCUGCACUCUUAUGUAGGAGCAUGAAUAUGCAAUAGUAACAAUUAUGUUCCAUUGACACGUAUUGUGGAUUUCUCCUAGACCUUCCAUGCUUAAGUUCUAAAUAUAUUGUCUGGGAUAACUGUUGAAUCAUGGCCUCACAUUCAACCAGAAGCCUUAUAAGUGAUUGAGGGGGGAGGCAAUGACAGUGAUAAUAUCGUUGGAUUGUUAAUCCACUAACCCAGGUCAUGUUAUGGGGAUUCAGAUUCGAAUCUGCCAUGGUAGAUGGUGGAAGCUGAAUUCAACAAAAGAAAUCUGGAACUAUGUAUUAAGUGAUGACCAAGAAACCACUCUUAACUGUCAGGUAAAAUUCCAUUUGGCUCACUAAUGUACUUUAGGGAAGAAAACUGCCUUCCUUACCUUAUGCGGUCAACAUGUGACUCCAGACCCAUAGCAACAUGGCUCACUCUUAAUUGCCUUCUGGGCAAUAAGGGAUGGGCAACAAAUCCUGGCUUAGCCAGAAAUGUCCUCCUAGUAUCCCAUAACACAUAUCAAACAUUAGUGACUCCAUACAUGGAGUACUACGCACAAUUUUGGUCUCCUUAUCAAAGAGCAUUAUCUACUCACCCUAAAGGGACUUCAUUGAAAGUUCAUUCGACUGUUUCCGGAGAUGAGGGGUCUAUCCUACAAGGACAGAUUGACUAGACAAGGCCUAUAUUUCCUGGAGUUUUGAAGAAUAAGAAAGGACGAGGUUAUCGAAUACCUUUGCAGAAUAGAUGUUUCCUCUGGUUGAAGGGUCCAGAACUGGGGUCAGAGUCUCAAAAUAAGGGACCCAGAUCUAGACAUCUUUCUUGAUAUAUUAUGAAUCUUUGGAAUUCUGUACAUGGAUUGCUGAGUAUAGCUCUAACGAUCUCUGUCUUGACUAAGAUAAUUGAAGAAGAUGGGGGUAAGUUUUGGAGUGUAGAGUUGAUUGAAGACUAGUCCUGAUCUUUGCUGAAUAGUGCAGCAAGUGGAGGGAGCAAAUAAUCUCCUCCUGCUUCUGCUCCCUAUGUUCUUAAAUACUGGCAGCAAUUGAAAAUGACUCCUUUUACAGCCGCUGUGUUUCAACUGAUUCAGAUAACUGCUGACAUUUGAUGUGUGGUGUGGACAGUUUCCCAGCACCAGUGACUGCCUUGCUAUCAUUAGGACUUUAUAGAUUGAAAUGUGUAAAAACAUUGUUCAAUUGAAACUUACUGAACAGACAUAUUGAGUGUCUAAUAAUGAAUUUUUUUUAAAAAGAGAUUAUUAUAUCUAAUGUAUUAUCGGUGUCAAGUAGGUUUUAAUGAAUAAAGCACUGAAUAAAUAGAGGUUAGAAAUAAAAACUAAUAGUUCUACAAACUUCAUGCUGUGUUUUGAAUGGUUCAAAUACACUGUCCCUUGAUACUGAAUCUUUAAUUACGAUAAGCUACUUAGCCCACCUUCAAGAAUUUUGUUACCCUGAACAUUUAUUCUUUUUGGGCUACAUCUCAACAAGUGACAAAAUUUCUGAAAUGGAAAUUAUUUUUAAACACAGAGCAUGAACAAGCUAUUCAGAAAGCUAUUAUUCUGACAGAUCCAAUACCUUUUUAUUAGCAAUGUAGAUGAGAUUAACAAGUUUAAAUCAAAAGCAGUAAAUGCUGCUGACUUCUAUACUAAAAGCAGAAAGAGCUGGAAAACCCAGCAGGUCUCGCCACAGCUGCAGAAACAGUAAGAGGCUUCAUGUCAAGUCGAAUAGGACUUCUUCAGACGUUUUGUUAUCUUGCAGAGUGUGCAGCUGUGGCUAAGUAGCUAGCACUGCUGCAUCUUGAACAGAAGGUUGUGGCUUCAAGUCCCAACACUUGGUUUUCCAGGCUGAUGUUUCAGUACAGUACUGAGCGUGGUCAGUAUUAUCGGAAGCCUGGUCCUCCUGCCCUCUCAAGUGGGUGUAAAGAUCCCGAGAUACUACUUGAAGACAAGCUACACUAUUCUUUUAGUGCCCGGCCAACAUUUAUACUUCAGUUAUUGUGGGAAACCUAUCUUUCAUCGUUUAGCUCUUUACAUUUGUGCAAGUCUGAAAGCACAAUUAGAGAUUACACACUUGACAGCAGCAGUCAAGUCGCCAUAGUCUUACCAGACCAAAGGGCUGAUCUCAUUAGAGAUACAUGACUGGCGGUGAUUUAACCCGAGGGCCACCAUACUUCAGGUGAAGGGACAGGUUGAGGAGGAGAGACCUUCAUAGUAACCUCAGCAGGUGUGGAGAUUGAAUCCAUGCUGUUGGCGCCACCCUUUAUGACAAACCAACCAUCCAGCCAACUGAACUAAACUGAUCUUGUAAUACACAGAGCAACAUUACGUUAUACUUAAGGAAAUGGCUUCAGUGAAAUUUGAUCUUCUCCAACUGUCACUGUUUAAGUAGUGAAAGAAAGGAAACAAUUUGUAUACAUGCCUGGUUUAGAAAGCUAUGUAUGUAUUUUGUUAUCUGUUAUAAACUUUAUGUAUAUUUGUUUAAAGAUGGCUGAAAAUCUGGUUUGUGGAAAACAAACUGCAGGUAUUCUGCUGUAAAUAGACUAAUAAAUUUAUAAUUUUCUAUCAAAAA